UCAAGAUUUACAGUUUCUUCACCUCAAAACUAACAAAACAGAAGCAUACCUCUGAAUUCUUCGCCUCACUGUAAUAACUAAAAAAAAUCAACCAAUCAUGUCCACUUCUUUCCUUCAUUUCACUCCCAAGGCGACUUCAAUCUCAUCUUCUUCUUCAUCACCAUCAUUUCCCUUUCUUAGAACUAACCCAAGGCCUCUCAAGACUCUCUUUGCUGCUUCUUGUAUUGGUUCCAAGGCCUCUGUUAAAAUCCCCACGCCACCCAUUAACCCUAAGGACCCCUUCCUUUCGAAACUCGCUUCUGCUGCUGCCAAAUCUCCUGAAACGUUUCUUAACCGUCCUGUUAACCCUGACACGCCGCCUUAUUUGGAUGUCUUUGACUCGCCCACUCUUAUGGCCUCUCCUGCUCAAGUGGAGAGAUCUGUAUCAUACAAUGAACAUAGACCAAGAACGCCGCCACCAGAUUUGCCUUCACUGCUUCUUCAUGGUAGGAUAGUUUAUAUUGGAAUGCCGUUGGUCCCUGCUGUCACAGAGCUUGUCGUUGCAGAGCUAAUGUACUUGCAAUGGAUGGAUCCCAAAGAACCAAUAUAUAUUUACAUAAAUUCAACGGGGACAACUCGAGAUGAUGGUGAAUCGGUUGGGAUGGAAACGGAAGGUUUUGCCAUUUAUGAUGCUAUGAUGCAGAUGAAAAAUGAGUUGCAUACUGUUGCUGUUGGUGCUGCUAUAGGCCAGGCUUGUCUACUACUAGCUGCAGGAACCCCGGGAAAACGAUUUAUGAUGCCUCAUGCCAAAGCCAUGAUCCAACAGCCUCGUGUCCCAUCAUCUGGGUUGAUGCCUGCUAGUGAUGUUCUUAUUCGUGCAAGAGAGGCAAUAACAAAUAGGGACACUCUUGUAAAACUUCUGGCUAAGCACACUGGAAAUUCAGAGGAGACAGUUGCGAAGGUUAUGAAAAGACCAUUUUAUAUGGAUUCUACUAAAGCUAGAGAAUUUGGGGUCAUUGACAAGAUUCUAUGGCGUGGUCAGGAUAAAAUUAUGGCUGAUGUUGCGCCCCCGGAGGAAUGGGACAAAAAUGCUGGAAUCAAAGUUGUCGAUGGAUUUUAAUUUUGUCAAGCCAAUACAUCGAAAGAAGUAUUAUGACAUAUUAUUCUUCGGAGAGAGCUUUAAACAUGCAAUGUGAUGACCACCUCCGCAAGCUUUCAAGGAGAACCUUACAGCUGGAAAUGGUUGCAGAUUGGUCUUCAAUCUGAUGAGCAACAGUUAGCUUGCACAAAGCCAAGUUGACAAAGACCUUAGUUAAUGCAAUAAUUACACUAUUAUAUUUUACAGUGCAUUGGAGUAACACAUCAUGUCACAGAUUAUGUUCAGGUUUGCGAUGAUUCGAUGACUCAUAUUCUUCUUGUAAAAACACAAAGAAACUUGUAAAACCACAAAGAAAUGAUUGAAAAGGAGAAAUUUGUUUCUUUUAAAAA